AUGAAUAUAAUUAUGUUAAAUAUAAAUAAUAAUAUAUUUAAUAUAAUUUUUAAAUAUAAAUAUAAUUUUUUUAUAAAAUUAUAUUUAAAUAAUUAUAUUAAAACAUGUAAAUUAUUAGUUUAUAUAUUAAAAUAUUAUUUUUUGUAUGAUAAAAAUAGAUAUAAACAUACAAAAAAUAAAAGUUUAAUAAAUUUUAGUAAUAAAAAAAUUAGAAUUCAAAAAGGAUUAGGUAAAUCUAGAUUAAGAAAUUUUAAAUCACCUAUAUGUAAACAAGGUUCUUGUAAUUUUGGACCUUUUUAUACUAAAAAAAUUAUUAAAUAUAAUAAUUUAAAAUAUAAAUUAGUUUUUUUAUAUUUAUUAUUAAAUAAACGUAGUAAUAUAAUUAUAAUUAAAUUAGAAGAUUUGAUAAAAUUUUUAAAUUAUAUGUAUAAUUAUUAUAGUAAUAAUGUAUUUAAUUUAAAUUUUUUAAUUAAUAAAAUUAUAUAUUUUAAUGGUAUUUUAAAUAGAUAUUUAAUAAUAUAUUUAAAUCAAAUUUUAAAUUUUAAUAGUAAUAUUAUAUUAAAUUUAAUAAAAUAUAAUUAUAUUAUAAUUAUGUUAUGA